UUUUGCCUGGACGCCUCUCAUCCCGGCGUUGUGUCGUCCACCCAUCCCAACUCAGCGGGACUCCGGGACACAACAGAUGCGCGAAGCCCCGCGAUGAGGUGCUGGUAGCAGCCUGUUGAGGCGACGUUUUUGUGGGAGGGAAAACGUCCCACAAAAGAUUUCCCUUGGAAAAAAAAAAUAAAAAAACAACCGGCUGUUGCACUGUGAGCUUUGUGGUCGAUUUGUAAUUUUCACCUUAAUGGUCGUUGGAAACUGCGCGGACUGAUGAGAAAGGACGUAAAGUGAAAGAGAAAAGGUUUUUUCUGGUGAGGGACGCCGCUGCUAACUAGCUCUUUGUGUCGGAGGCGUCUUUCUUCUUCUUUUUUUCCCUUUUGAGCAAUAAGGCCUCCAAGAUAGAUUCCCUCAGGAGUAAAGUGGACUUGUUGCGUCUUCCGUUGGUCCUUUCCACAAAGUCCAUCAGCAACCGCAAGAGCCAAUUGGGCGUGGUGUGGGAGAAGGGCGGCGGCUCGGGGACGGGAGUGGCACGGAAACUCCGCCCACCGCCGGCCUCCGACAUGGACAACGAGUCAACGUAUUCGGGCUAUUCCUACAAGUCGUCCCACUCGCGUACCUCCCGCAAAAACAGGGAGAGAAGGGACAGGCAUCGCUUGAAGAAUCGGGAUGGCUCAAUCCGUGGAGAUAAGUCUGUGAUGAUCCAGGCUCCGGGGGAGCCGCUACUGGAUCCUGAGUCCACCAUACCAGACGACCGGGACGACAACUGGGGUGAGACCACCACCGUGGUCACUGGGACUUCUGUGGACAGUAUCUCCAAUGAGGAUCUGACUCGAAUCUCUAAGGACUUGGAGGACACUUUGCCUCCUGACUGUCGCCGUUACAUCAGCCCCGUUCUAGGAGCCAUUCUGGGGCUCAUCUCUGUAAUCACUCCCUUGGCUUUCCUUGCCCUUCCACAGCUCCUUUGGCGGGACACAUUGGACACUUGUGGAACGCCAUGUGAGGGCCUUUACAUCUCUCUGGCUUUCAAACUCCUGAUCCUCCUCAUGUCCACGUGGGCGUUGUUCCUCCGGCCGUCCAGGGCCACUCUGCCACGCUUCUUCGUCUUCCGCUGUCUGCUCCUGGCGCUGGUCUUUCUCUUCGUUGCGUCUUAUUGGCUCUUCUACGGCGUCCGGGUCCUGGAGCCCCGCGAGACGGACUACAGGGGUAUCGUGGGAUAUGCCGCAUCUCUGGUGGACGCACUGCUGUUCAUUCAGUAUCUGGCUCUAGUUCUGCUGGAGGUCCGACACCUGCGGCCCGCUUUCUGUCUGAAGGUCGUCAGGACCGCUGACGGAGUCAGUAGGUUCUACAACGUGGGGCAUCUUAGCAUCCAGAGGGCAGGAGUGUGGGUUCUGGACCAGUACUAUAGUGACUUCCCAGUCUAUAACCCGGCGUUGCUUAACCUCCCCAAGUCCAUCCUUACCAAGAAGAUGUCCUCCUUCAAAGUCUACAACCUGGAAGAAGAGAACACCAACAACUCCACAGGCCAGUCCAGAGCCAUGAUAGCAGCCGCCGCUCGGAGAAGAGACAACUCCCAUAACGAGUACUACUACGAGGAGGCAGAGGUGGAGAGGAGGCUCCGCAAACGCAGGGCCAGACUGGUAGUGGCAGUAGAAGAAGCUUUCACCCACAUCAAGCGUCACCAGGAUGACGACACGCCCACAUCGUCUCCCAAACACCCACGGGAGGUGAUGGACCCCAGGGAGGCCGCCCAGGCUAUCUUCGCCCCCAUGGCCCGGGCCAUGCAGAAGUACCUUCGGGCCACCAGGCAGCAGUCCUAUCACACCAUGGAGAGCAUCAUCAACCAUCUGCAGUUCUGCAUCACGCACAACAUGACACCUAAGGCCUUCUUAGAGCGCUACCUCAGUCCUGGUCCCACCCUCCAGUAUCUGGACAACAACAGGGGGCGCCAGUGGACACUAGUGAGCGAGGAGCCGGUGACGGCCUCCUUGCGCCAAGGCCAGGUCUUCUGCCUGAAGCGCCUCGACUUCGCCCUGGUCGUGAAGGUGAUGCCCCUCCCUUUCCUGCGCCUGGCCGAGGAGUUCAUCGACCCAAAAAGUCACAAGUUUGUCAUGAAGCUCCAGUCAGAGACGUCUGUGUAGCAGAACGGAUUCAGCUGGACAGAAGGAAAGGGGAAGUUGAAAGAUGCUUCUUAUCGAGGGCAUGUUUUUUUUGUUUUAUAUACCUUGUAGUAUUACAGUGUUAUUAUACAUGUUUUUUUUAAUUAUUAUUAUUUGUCCAAAUACAAAGCCAUAAAAUAUAUGGCCAAGAUAAAGAAAGAUGAAGUCAUAGUCACAUAUUAGUUAAAGAAAGUAAGAUAAAGAACUUCCCUGUCCGACUGCUGCUGGGGAAGUAUCAGUCUAACACUUUGUUCUUCUCUAAACAAAUGUCAUACACAACAAAAGGUGAUCUUUAGACUUUGCUCCAGAUCCAGAUGUGCUUUUUGCUUCUCUCAUGUUUUUUUAUUUUUUUAUGUUACUAUUUAACAUGACCCUUCAUACCACCACAGCACUCUGCUAAAAAAUAUUUUAUUUUAUCCCAGGCUUUUAGAUAAGAGUAUUUUCUGAACAAAUCUUGGUUUAUAUUUCUUCAGUAGUUUGUUUUUUAUUUUGGUACAACUCAAAUUGUAACCUUACAAAGCAGAAUCAAACAUCACAAAACCCAACUGUAUGCCUGCUAUUUUGAACAUCAUUUUAAAGACGCAGCUCGAACAAAAAUGUCUCAUUUUGCCUUACAGCAAAAUGAUACAAUCCGAAACAAGACAGCCGAUUUUUUUUUUUUUUUAUAUCACAUUUGCAGUUCUGCUUUCUUUAAAUGGCAGACGAAGACAGAAAUACUUAACUUCUACAGGAAGUGUGUCAACUUUCUUUCAUGUGACAGACAAGAGGAACAAUUUUGAUCGUUGUGAAAAAUGUUUUAAUUGCUUUGCUUGGAACGCGGUGUUUUCGCGGUGUCAUUUUUUUCCUCCCGCAUUGUAUGCAGUGUGUACCCCUGUUGCAUCUACAAGCUCCCAUGUGAAACUUUUCUUUUUGAAGGAAUGUUGCAGCUUUGCUUGUAUAUGAGGGUACAAAAAUUCUGGUCUCCAUCUUUUAAAGGGCUUUGGGUUAAUGGUACAGAUUUGUUUUGGGGUUUUUUUUGUUUUUUGUGGAGCAUGCUGUAUCAGACAGCUUCCGUUACCGUGUAUGGAAAUCAGCUGACGGAACUUCACCUGACAGUGAAGCUAAACACAUGGCGUCUCUGUUUGGAAAUGUGGUUAUAGGGUUCACGGUACGCUGAGCAGUUUGUUUAUUUACUGGCACGUAGGAACUUUUCUCAGAUUUUCUACACUGACUGUUGUUAACUGAAGGUAAUACUUGCAAGUAUUACCUUCAGUUAAGGUAAUACUUAACUGGUAAUACAAGUAAAAAAGUACUAAAAUGUACUUUUUGAAAAAGUACAUUUUAGUGAUAAGCCGAGUCGCUCUGGAGAGCGUGUCGUGUCAGUGGAAAGUCCUUUCAAAGACGCAAGGUUAUGUGUAUCUGCCUGGUUGACCGUAGCUGCCAACCACAAAUCUUUGUUGGGUUAGCUUGAUCAUGUCGUGAUUUGAUGUCUUUUUGUUUUCUGGAACACAAGUCUUUGAGAGCUAAACCUCUGAAGAGCUGAGAAAUUCCCAAAAUGUACUUCGAAGUUGCCCUUUUGACGCAUUUUGCUAAAUGUAUGCUAAACAGAGGCACCGUGGCAUCCACGCGUUGUGAGCUCACUAACUGCGUUCACUACAUUGUUAUACCGUACACUUUGUUACGCUUUGUUUGAUUUUUCUUUCUGAAGUUAACACGUAGACCUGUGGAUCUCUGAAAGGUCAGGGAUUGACUAAUCGCGCUGCUAGUUGCAGUACAAGACAGUAGUGUAUUUCUCUCUGUUUUGUGCGUUCAAACACUAAAAGCCUUGACAAACACUUUGGCGUACGUUAAUGCAGACCUCAAAGACAAACCUCCUGCUCAAACUAUUUUCUACUCAACUGAGCCACAGCGAUCAACUUGGAGAAAAUCUGUUUUUGCUAGUCAGUACAGCCUACUAGAGAAGACGAAAAUAACCAAAAACGAAAGAAGAAAAUGAAUUCUCACCAGAAUAUCUAUGCAGUUUUUUAAUCUUUGUUGAUCCUAACUACAUGACAAACCAAUGGGACAGGGAAAAUGGCACAUCACACCACCCUGUGAAUACAAGGAGUGCUUUAUAAAAAUUACUGAACUGUUACUUGUCGCCUGCUUCUCUUGUAUGCAGACGCCCAUCACAGGGCAUGUCUGUGAAUUAUGCAAAUGGACUUAAAAAAAGGAGAAAUGGUUCAGAACUAUAAUCUCAAAAUGUCUUUUGAAGUGUGAAAUUGAACUGCAAGAGCACUUGUUAGGUCUGACUGGAUCCCCUACUCAUUCUGCUGCAAGUUGGCUCAAUUUUGACCCGCAAGACGUAACCGGUAAAAUCCGGUUUAGGAUUUUCAAAAUAAAAGACCCGGAAGUAGUUCAUUAUUUCUUGCGCGGCCGGGUGCCAAAUGGUCCGCGGACCGGUGGUUGGGGACCACUGCCCUGGUGAAUUAAACUACAUUCUAAUUUGUAGAUAUGUUCUAGGGCAGGGGUCUCAAACUCCAGGCCUCGAGGGCCGCAGUCCUGCAGCCCUCGAGGCCUGUCUGUUCUAGGGUUAAAAUUGAACCCAAAGACAAAAGCAGAAGUAUAAUUGGUACUGCAGGGGAAUAAUUUUGAGUUGUUCAAAAAAAAAAAAAAAAAACGUACAAAAAUUACGCAUUGGAACAAAAAGUUGCAUUUUCAUUUUGACUUCCUGUCAGAUUAGUUAUUUUCAAGCUAUUGAGAAAUAAUGACUUUCUUACUCGGUAGAAGUCGAGGUAUGACGAAAGCAAUUGGAGUGGGCUGAGAGAAGAGGAAGUGUGUGGGUGGUGGUGGUGCUGUUGGUUUCAUGACAACAGCACAACACACUCAACAUGUCAAGACUUCAGUAUUGCGACUUGCUUUCUAGUGUAACAGGUGGCAUCAAUGAGUCUCAGAAGUCAUUCAGGUGGGUCUCAACCAGAUAUUUUAUUUUUUUAUUCUGGGGGAAGAAGGGAAAACAAAUUAACAACUUCUUCAACUCCCUCUCCCUGCACUCCAGCUCCACAGCAGCGCAGAACAACGCUCUCCACUAACAUUUGUUGGUUUCAUGACAGCAGUUUACACUCAACAUGUCAAGACUUCAGUAUUGCGACUUGCUUUCUAGUAUUACUGUCGGUAUUUGGAUAACAAAGCCAAGCUCUCUCAAAUUCAAAUAUGGAUUACAUUUAAGGUGCUUAAACCUUAUAAAAGCCUCUGAAAGAUUUGUUUUAAUAAGCUAACUGAUCAAUAAAUAGUUGAUUCAGUGUUUCGUAGUCAGGAGUAAUAAGCUGUUGGGUAUUACUUUAGGUCACUGCAGGCCUCUCACACAUCUGUCCAUACAUGGAAAUAGUGAAAUAUGUGUAGUUACAUUAUUGUACAUCUUGAAAGUGUACAAUGCCACCUGCCUUCAACUUUUUUAGCCUCUUUUACAUCUGCUAAAAAUGCUAAUAUCUUCGAAGGACAUUGUUAUCAGAAACUAUUUUUUGUACUUGUUAUGCUUCCAGUUGAUGCCAACGGUUUGUAAUAAAUGAUCACAUUUUUAAAUGUCA